AUGAUUAGCCCUAGAUAUGCCAGUUUCUACGAGUCAGGAGUAUGGUAUGAAAAUAGGAUUCUAAAUAAGGGUUUACCACAAGGAUCGAUCUUGAGCCCUUUUCUAUUCAACCUUUACGUAAAAGAUAUACUAUGGAAUAUACCUUAUAACUGCCAAACUUUACAAUUUGCGGAUGACAUAGCGGUGGUUUGUUCGGAUUUUGAUACUGAAAGAAUUAAAAGCUCCUUGUCUUCGGCCUUUGACAAAGUCCAUACAUGGCUGAGAUCUAUCGGACUAGACAUCUCAGUUCCGAAAACUCAGUGUAUGAUACUUAACAGAAAAAAAAUAUCCCCGAACUCAGAUGGUCAGUCAUUGGAACCAAGUGGACUAAAAUUGCAAAAAGAAGUGAAAUAUCUAGGAAUUGUAUUGGAUGAAAGCCUAAGAUGGAGCAAUCAUAUCAACGCACUUAAGGUCAAAGCAACACGAUAUGUGAAUGUUCUGAAAUGGAUAGCAGGCCCGUCAUGGGGCAUAAAACCGAAACAAUGUAUAAACUUCGUCAACGCAACAGUUGGAGCUCAAAUAGAAUGGGGUAGUCUAUGGUACAUAAACGCGGCUAGGACGCAUGUAAAAACCAUAAAAAAGAUUCUUUGUCAAGCAUAUAAAAUAGCCUUAGGAAUACCAAAAACGAUACCUAACAGAGUAUGUUGGAAUUUUGUAAAACAAAGGAGUCUGCUAGGAAGGAUAUCUAUUAAAACAGAUAGAUAUAUAUCUAAACAAAUACAGCUAAGAAAUAACAUGGUUAUUAAUAAAAUAAAGAACUUUUACAUUUUGUCUAGAUCAAAAAAGAUUGUUAAAAGAAAUAUUCCUUUUGUGGUAGAUAGAUGGGAUCAAAUAAAAGUAAUUGAAAAACAUCUUUUCAAAUGGGAAGUUCAUCCAGCCUUCCAUUAUCCAUUCAACCAGAGUUUGGAGGAACUGGAUUUAGACCUAAGAUCAGGAGCAAUGGCCUUGCUGUGUGACAAUCCGGAUAACGCCUUCAAGAAUCUGAUAGAUUUCAAUAAAGUAAAUGUUAAUGAAAUCACAAUCUACACUGACGGAUCGCGUACUGAGAUUGAGACUGGGAUUACAAUGGUGGGUUGUUCGGUGUACGUUCCUCAUCAGAACUUAACCCUUAAAUACAAAUUAAAUGACCUAACAAGCUCUUUCACUGCGGAAUCGGUGGCAUUGUUGAAAGCAAUAGAGUUGGCACAAAGGAAUAAUUGGAGUUACAUAAACAUAUGCACUGACUCCAAAAGUAACUUGGAUAUAAUAAACUCCCCAGCGGAUGUAAAUAAAAACACCAUAAAAAAACUAAAUCCAUGGGUAGAAGACAUCAGACAAAGAAUAAACGAGGCUGAGGGAGUAGGAAGUAAAAUUCGGUUUACAUGGUGCCCAGCACACAAAAAUAUCAGUGGAAACGAGAUUGCAGACAACGCAGCAAAAGACGGAGCUUUAAUAGGGGAACCUAUAGAUAACAAAAUCGCCUUUUCAGAAGCUUUAGCAUCAUUGAGAUCCAACUACAACCAGAUGAAAGAAGAUUACAUGGAAAGCAUAAACAUAGGAACAGGAAAUUAUUAUAUGUAUAAUUUCUCAGACGUAAACAUUGCUAAAGUAGCUAAGUAUAAACUAGAUAGAAAGGAAUUAUGCCUAUUAAUAAGAAUAAUAACAGGCUAUCCGUUUACUAACUCUGUAAAGUUCAAAUUUGGUCUAGUAGACUCACCGGAAUGUAAUUGUGGAGAAUUAAUACAAAACUUAAACCAUAUUCUAUGGGCUUGUCCCCUCUAUAACGAAGCCAGAAAUACCUUAUAUAGUAAAUUAUUUAAUUAUAAAUGUUAUGCUCCUUUCACAAUAGAAAGUUUGAUAUCGAUGAUUAGCGAGAGAAUAGCCAAGGCUGUAAUUAAAUAUAUAUUAGAGAUAGAUCUUAAGCUAUAA